AUGCCCCCAAGACACCUGGUUCCCUGGCCCCAGAAACCCACGCCUGAGCACCUGCCCCGGGCCUUGGAGCCCGGCAGGGCAGCGGCGUCCCGGCCUGCGGGGCCCGAGGGGACCGGCGUGGCCUUUCAGGAGCGACUCGCACUCCCCGGGACCCUGGGGCGGGUGCGUGCCAAGCCGCCGUCCGCACCUGCGCCCCCGCGCGCCCCACCCCGGGGUCCCCGCUGCCGUCGGGCCCCAGGCCCCUCGAGCCCCCCCGCCCCGAUCCGCCCGGCCGCCCGCUCGGGGGACCCGACGCCUCACCUCGGCGGCGCUCGGACGCCGCUCGCCCUCCGACCGCCGUCCCCCCGCAACCGCACACGGCCCGGGGGAGCGUCCGGGACGCCGGGAGCCGCCGCGGGGGCCGCACGCGGAGCGAGAGCUGAGCGAUCCCGCGAGACUGCGCCGCCAGGUCGGCCGGGCAGGUCCGGGCUCGCGGCGGCGGCGGCCUUGGCCUUGGUUUCCCAGCCCCGCCCCGUCCCGUCCCGCGCCCGCCGCGUGGACCCGAGCUCCUCCGCUCUGCCGUCGGCUACCGAGCCCGAGCUGCGCCCCGUCUCGCUUUCGGGCCCGACGCCUUCACCCUAA